GUAUAAAUAUUGGUAAAGUUUUGCUGGCAAGUUUAAUGACAUAUUUAUACAGUAUUCAUCUUGCAAACUGUCUGUUCCAGGUUAAUACUUUAGUGUAAAGAGCUAGAAAUGGGUGAUACCACCCCAACUCAUGGCACUACUGACUACGAUUAUCUCAUCAAGUUUCUUACAUUAGGUGAUUCAGGUGUUGGUAAAACCAGUUUUUUACAUCAGUAUGUCGAUAAAACAUUUAGUACAAAGUUCAUCUCAACAGUCGGCAUAGAUUUCAAAGAGAAGAGAGUGGUACACAGAGUUCCAGGUGUGGAUGGUGCUGUGGGGAAGAGUAACAGAAUACAUUUACAGUUAUGGGAUACUGCUGGUCAGGAAAGAUUUCGGAGUUUAACAACUGCAUUUUUCCGAGAUGCAAUGGGCUUCCUUUUAUUAUUUGACUUAACCAAUGAGCAAUCAUUUUUAAACAUACAGAACUGGCUCAGUCAAUUACAGACACAUGCUUAUUGUGAAAACCCAGAUAUUGUACUUUGUGGUAAUAAGUCAGACCUUGAAGAUCAUAGAUGUAUUUCUGAUGAGAGAGCGAGAGAAACUGCAGAAAAAUUUGGGCUUCCAUAUUUUGAGACAAGUGCAGCCAAUGGUCAGAAUGUAGCUAAGUCUAUAGAAUGUUUGUUAGACAUGGUAAUGUUGAGGAUGGAGAGCUGUGUGGACAAGUCUCAACUACCAGGGAUCAGAAGUAAUGCUCAGAUGAAUGGUUACCAUAUGGACGAAGCAGGGGAAGGCGGAUGCGGAUGUUAGAAAAAAUGGCUGCAAGAAAAUGGCCACUGUGGUGUUUGUCAAGAUGUGCCACAAUGUUACUUUACUUAUUUGUUAUCUAUUGUGAUCCCAAAAGUGAAAUUAGAAAAUUAAUUAAUUUUCCGAUUUAUAAAAUGAUGGAUUGUAAAAAUAAAACUCACAAAAUGCUGAAAAGUAAUUGAAGAUAAGGCUGAAAAAUGGAUGUCAUAUUUUUCAUUUAAAUUCAACUCUUUGCAGGUUAAGUAAUAAGCCAUUUUUUUUUUAUCUAAAGGAUUAUUGGAGAUUUCCUUAUCCUUACUCAAAAAUGAAAACCAAGCCAUGUCAUUGGUUAAAUUUUCAUUGUUUAGAGCCAUUGAUAGCCAAUUAAAACUGUUUGUUAAAAUUUUGAAUAAUAAUACCCAGAAUGCCAUCAAUUUUUAUAAGCAAUAAGCAUAAUAAUAAUUUCUAAUGAACCAAUAUAUUUGUAUUGGAAGAAAAGAUCAGGGUUUGAAGUCAUAAAACUAUGCUCAGUGCUUGGAGCAUAAAAAAGCUUGCUGGAAACAUGAAAUCCAGCAUUUUGAUUGGUUGAUUUUGGAGUACGAGGAACAGAAAACUGACUCCAAAGUUUUAUGACUUCAUUGCCUCAUCUUUCAUCAAUUGAUAAGAUUUAAAAUGUCAUGUUUGCUCAGUUUGUAAUUGCAAGAGAUUUCUAGAAAUAUGACAGCAUUACUUUGAUAUUUAGAUAUUAAAUAGAUUUGUUUGAAAUCCCUGUUAAUUUGGUGCUGUCGUAGCAUGCUCCUAUAUGCAUGGCCCUUUGUUCAAAUUGAAAUUAUUUGGUUGUAUAAUGUUUUUGUUCUAAGAUAUUUUGAGGGAGGCUGUAGCCCAGAAUAUCUUAGUACGGUUGUGAGAAGAAAACGUUUUUAGUCUUUUGGUCUCAUGUCACUUAUUUUCAAGUAUUUGAAAUAUGAUAUUAUGGCAUUCACAAUUAAUAAUGAAAGUUUUUGCCAUUUUUUUAAUAAAUUUUUUUGCUUAUUUCAACAAUUUUCAAUGUUUAUAAGGACCUGAUAAUUGAUAUAAUUUUAUGUCAGAAAUCCAGUUAUUUAUCAUUUUUACUUUUGUUAUUUGUUUUCUGUAACUAUUUAAUGUCAUAUACAAGUUAAAUGUUUAGUUUUUGUAUAACACUGUAUCGUUCAUCAAACCAGCAAAUUCAUUAUAGAACAUUUGUUUUUGUGUCAUUUUUUUUUUUGAAUCCUGUGAUUUUUUCAUCAGGAACCAUGAAUCAUAAAGUAAAUUUAAGGUUUCCUGAUGUUAUAACUAGCAACAAAGUACAAAAUAUCAAUUAACAGGAAAUAUAAUUACUAUUCUUUCAUUAUUUACAAUAAGAUGGGUGUUCUUCAGUUUCUAAAAACCAUGGAAAUUGAAGUUUGGUGCUGUUAUUCUAUUUAUAGAUCUGUACCCUUUUACUUUUCAUUGACAUUUUUAGAGAACAUUUUACCACAGAAAUCCAUAGAGAAUUUGAUUUUUUUUUUUACAUGACGAAAUAUUUAAAGCUUUUUAGAGCUAAUUUCCUUGUGCAUGUAGAGCAAGACUUUGGUUAGCUUGCUUGCUUGUUAUAUUUGUAUAUUGACAAUUGUAAUUGGGAAAACAUCCAAUUAUAUUUAAAUAUAAUAGAUACAGGUUUAACUAUGCCUAUAUAUAUUUGUUUGCAGAUGUCAAUCUUGAUUACGAAGCUUGAGUAAAUACAAACAAAGCAAGCAAGUAAGCCAACCAAAGUUUUACCCUACAAGCAUUAGGAAAUUAGCUGUUAUCCCCUUUUUGUCAUUCAAUCCUUCCAAUGUUAUUUUGUUGAUCUGUAGAACUACAUUUUACGUAAUAUUUUGUUGUUUAAGUUUAUAUUUAUGUAUUUGUAUGUUAUAUGUGUUAAGGAGCUUUUGCUCAGCUAGAUUAUAGUUUUUGAUUAAGAUUCUAGAAGCUAUGUACAUUUAAUUGAUAAGUUCAACACCAGACUGUGACCUAAUUAUAUGCAUUUCACAGUGAUUGCAUAAUUAUUUUCAAAAUGCUAAAUCUAUACUGUUUUUUUUUUUUUUUUUUUUUUUUUUAUCUUAAUCAAUAAAUAACACCUAAGUGACCAUUUCUCAUAGUAUUUUUAUGUCCUUGUCACUAUGCAAUAGGGCAUAAUAAAGUUUUACCCUUUUCCGUCCCUACGUUCCUUGUUUUGUUUCCAUUCUCUAACUAUAGUUUGGUCUAGAUAAUGUUGUGAAACUUAUACAAUGCUUUUUACCACCAUAGACUGAUCAAUUUGUUAUUUUCUUGAGUUAUGUCCACUUGCAUUGCCUUUUAAGGUUGUACCUAACACUACAGGGAGAUAACUCUGUAAAGUCAGCUAAAUGUUUUAAUUACAUUGUGUUGUAAAGGGAAUGUUAAACUUCUCAAUGAUCAAAGUUGGUGUUUUUCAAACUGCUAUAUAUCCAGUGUCAUUUUUCUAACAAAACGGUUGGUUCAAAAUUUUUGAAAUUUUUAUAUUUUUGUUAAAGGGUCAAGGUAAAUACAUUGUCCAAAUUUUAUGAAAAUUAAACGAGCCAAAUUAAUUUUAGUUAGAGUGUUGGUUACCACCUUAAAUAGAAAAAUUGCUGAAUUAGACAUACAUUUUCAAGUGGAUCCUAGUUUACUGAAAAAAAUAAAUUUGCUUCAUUUUAUUUUGAAAACAAAUCCCAGUAAAUGAACAUGUUGAAGACCGUACUUUGACCUAUAAUGGUUUACUUUUACAAAUUGUGACUUGUAUGUGUUGUUGUCGCAUUGGCACUCAUACUAUAUCUUCUUAUAUCUAUUGUUAUGGUUGUGUUUAAGACUUUCAAUAAUUAUAGUUGUAGGUCUGUCCAGUUAAGAUUGGGCUAUUCCAUUAAAACAAUUCAGAGGAAGGCUUUUUAAAAUUUAAAUAAUAACAAACAUACAUUCAUAAUAUAUUGUUUUCGCAUUAUAACUAGCUCACAACCUUGAAUGACCAACAAAUUGUGACUAAAAGAAAAAUAAACUUCUCACCCUACCACAUUCUUUAAUAUGGAAUAGUCUGUAUUGUUAAUUAUCUUAUGAAAACAUGAUAAUUGGAUCAGAUGCUUGGUUGUGAAGAGAUUAUUUUCUUGCUUUUUUGUAAUUUUAUAUUUUUACAGCUACAUUUGUGAAGAAUAUUAAAUUUCCAUGUUAUCUUGGUACACAAAGAAAUGUGUCCAGAAAUUAUGGCACACUUCAAUGUAGUUCUAUGAUUAAUUCUUUAUAUUUUAUCUUCGAUAUUUAGAAAUAGUUUAUUGAAAUACAAUUUAGAUAUCUAAAAAUAUUGAAUCAGAACAUAAUAUGCUUAUAGUAUAAUAGCAUAAUUGACGGUAGCUUUAUUAAUUUCUUUGCACUAGAAGAACUGAAAAUUGUUCCAGUAAUGAAGAGAAGAAAGUGGAUUUUUUUGUAUAUAUAUUUUGUAUAAUGUUUUUUUCUGUCAUAUCUUCUUUUCUUUGUAACAAAAACCCCUUUUUCUCUCCCAGAAAAAAAUGCAGGACAAGGAUGUUUUUUUUUAACAAAAGUGUAUUUAUAGAAACUAAUCUCUUAGUGGAUGAAUACUUGCUUUUUUUUCAAUCAACACCCUAACUGCAUUUUCAGAGUGUUUAGAUAAGUUUAUUUUAUGUAAGGUAUUCAAUAUUUUUGAAAGUUUUUCUAGACAAUGAGUAAUGUAGUAUACUUUGGUAAUAAAUAAGAAUAAGAAUAAAAUUGUUUAUUAUAGUGUCACAUAUUGAUUGAAACAAGGCAUUCACACAAUAUUCAUAUACAUACAAACAACAAUCAAUAUCCAGCUAACAAAUGAUGAGCUUGUUCUUUUGACAAUAUGUAUAUAUAGUCCAUAUUAUAACUUUUUUUUUAAAGCUAUUUGAAUUUGGAUAAUUAUUAUACACGAUCUUUGUGAUAUCUUAAAAAAUCUAGUCUCUAACUUUCUUAACUGUCUGUUAAAUAAAUGAGAGCAUUUUUUUUUAAUAUCUUUAUUUUAUUUUACAGACUUAAUAAAAAAUCUAAUAGUAUAUUUAAUAUAUUCAAAGAAGUUGCCACACAUAAACAUAUGUAUACUAAAUAAACAAAUGUAAAAAGGUGAAGGUUGUAAAAUAAUGUAAUUAGUAGGUUUAAUAUAGUUAUAUCAACAUAGUAAUAUAUAUUCUGGUUUAAGAUGGGUCAUAUUACCAUUAAAAGGGGGGAUGGCUUGCAGCCUUUUUUUAAUAUUGGGAAACUAAAUCACUAAUUCAAAGGGUGAUCUUUCUCAUGGUGUAUUCAGCUUGACCAUCAAUAUUGACUUUAAAAAAAAAAAAAAGUUUGAAGGCAUAUUUUCAGAAUGCUUAGGGACGACAUCAAAAGUUCAAUAAAGGAUAAAAAAAACUUAAUUCACACAUGUUUUUCACUGAUGUCCGUUAGGUAUAAAUGAAAUUAAAAAUCUAAGAUUCAAAAUUAAUUAUCAUGCUACAGAUCAAGAUGGAAUAAGGAUCUGCAAAACACAGUUGUUUAAAAUUGUCAACAUGUUUCUUCUUUUUAAUGAUACAUGUAACACAAAAUAUAUUUUAUAAUUAUAUUUGAAUAUGCUUUGUUAUUACUAUUAUUAAGUUUAUAUAAACCAAGCCAUUGUAGAUGUGGUCCUAAUAGUUAAUAUAUAAUUAAGAUGUAAAAUUCCUAAUUUUUAUAAUUAUCUUUAUUAGCAAAAGUCGGUUAGAUAGAUUUUUAUUUGAUUAUGAGAAGGAGGAAAAUAAUGAUAGGUUUUUUUUUCCAUUAUAAAUAUUAGGGAAAAAUCAUGUGCAUUUUUACAGUGGAAAAAUAACCCUCAAUUAUAUUAAAUAAUAAAAUGUAGGAUUAAUACUAAAGUGAAAAUAUCUGCUGAAUUAUUGAUAAUAAUGUAAAGGAGUAUGGCCACAAAGGCAUUAAAUUGGUCCUAAAAAUCAAAGUUUGUACCGUUAAUAUCAUAUGUAAAACCCUAUAAGGGCUAUUCCAGAAAAAAAUGUAUGGGUGGAAGGCAGUUUUUGUCAGCACCUGUACCAAGACAAUUGUAAAUUAGAAUUAUAGUGCAUUAAAGUGUGAAAAUUUGCUCUGAUACCCAUCACCCAUGUAUUACAAUGUGCCUUCAAAACCCCCCAUACAUUUUUUUCUGGAAUAGCCCUAAUUAUAAUCUUAAAUAUGAAAAUCUAGAUACACUAUGAAAACAAAUUUUGUUGUCUUCUGUUCCUUGUAACAAUGUUUACAGCUUUGACAUUCAAAAGUGUGAUAUUUAAUAAGUAUAUUGCUACAUUGCCUGUUUUUAUGCAUUUGUAAGGUCUAUUUCCUUCUAAAUAAAAUCAUUGACCACAUCCUUUGACAAAAAUAAAAUUGUUAUAAAAAGAUGUAUAUGUGUCCGAUGAACAUAAACACAAAAGUUAUGGUCCUUGCAUGUGGCCAAAAAUAUUUUAAAGCAAACUUAUUUAAUUUAGGCAAAAAUAAGUAAUUUUUUUUACUAUUAUUGUCUUCAAAGGACAUUUCAAUUGUUCUCAUGCAUCAGAGCUUGUAGAAUUUGUAAUUUUAAUACACUAGCAUAUUUUGUAAAAUAUGGGUAAAUUCUUAGAAUUUUAGGGCCAAUAAGGACCUUUUGUGAAUGUACUCCUUUUGGCAAUCUUAUAGUGCAAUAAAUCAUGUGAAAAUUCGAAUUCAUAUAAAAUAUAUUCUGUUUGAAUAUUUUCAAAAUAAUUUUUGACAUUUUUUUUAUUAUGAAUUUUUGUAUGUUUUAAUGUUAAUUGUGACUUUUUGUAAAAGAAGGAGGUUAAAAGUAAAAUUUUUCGUGUGUUGUUCAUGUAUUGUUGUAAAGUACUUUAUCUGUCUUGCAUGAAGAGAAAUACAUUCCAACUUUGUUGUUAUAUGCAUUGGGUUUACAUUUACCAUAAGAAUUAAGAAUUAGGUUGAUUUUUGGUGUUUUAACACCACUUUUAAGCAACGCAUUUAGGCUAUUUUGUGGCGGCUAGUUUUUAUUGGUGGAGGAAGCCGGAGUGCCCAGAAAAAAGCACUGACCUUCAAUAGGAAAACGGACAUUCCUUGUCAAUUUAGAUUGGAAUCUAGUGCAACCGUUUGAACGGGGGUUCGAACAUACAACCUCAGUGUUGACUGGCUAGUGAUUACAGUAGCAACUUCUUAGACCAUUCAACCACUGAGGCCCAAUGAGACUAGGAGUCAAGUGCUUCUUUUUAUUAUGAUUUGUUUAUCAAGUUGUUGAGUAGACCUUAAAUAAAGAAUUGUAGGUCAAGUACUCGUACAAGAUAAUACACGAAGUCUCCUUUGUCAUCAUAAAUAGUUGGUCAUAAAAAUCACAGUAGCAGAAUAUUUUAUUAAUUUAUUCAGAAAUCAAACUUGAUUUUUAUGGUAGAUUUAAACUUAGUAUAAAAUGUUGGUUAUUGUUAUAAAAUGAUUAUUGUUAAUUUUUAAAUUUAAAGAUAUUUAAUUGUUCACACUGAAAAAUAAACCUUUUUUUCACUUUUUUUAACUUAAAUAAAUGUUUAUUGUAAACAAGAAACCUACUUUUGUGAUAUUUUGUAAUCCUAUUGUUGGGAACAUUUGUUAUUUUGUGAAACAAGUUCUAAGGAUUUUAUAAUAAUUCAUUGGCUAUUAGUAUUUGUGGAUAUAGGGGGUAAAGGUGAACUAUAAACUCAAAUAUUCAACAAAAGACCAAUUCUAUAUAGUCAAUUAUGCAUAAUUUGACCAAACCACAUAUUUAAGUACCCACUAAAAUACAGUUAGUUCUAAAUGCACGAAAAUAAAUUGUAUCUCUUGUAUUUCUUUUAAAAAUUUUCCUUUAUUUUGUUUUACUGAAUUUGGUUAAACUCAAACUUAACAGAAUUCUUAAAACAUUUUUUUCAAUUAACUUUUCUGUGAUACAUUAAUUCUCAAAAGGGAGAUAAUUUACAAAAUAGAUUCUUUACACUUGUUCUAUCUAAUUUAAAAUAGCUUACAAUAUGUUAUGAAAUACCAUUGAAAAUUUACUACCAGUAUUUAAUAACGGAUAAAUUUGCAUAUUUUGAGUUUGUUCUGAAGGUUUGCUUGUUUGUUGGUAUUAAAGCCAUAUUUCAGAAACCAUAGCCACAACAGGGGCGUAUCCAGCCAUUUUAAAAAAGGGGGUUCCUGACCCAGGACAAAAGGGGGGGGGGAGGGGGGUUCCAACUGUAUGUCCCCAUUCAAAUGCAUUGAUCGUCCAAAAAAACAUGUUGACUGGUUUUUUUUAUAGGAGGAAAAGACAAGUUUGGGGAAAACCAUGACCUUCUAAAUUUCAGAUUAAAGAAGUUUCUGUGAUAGGUGUCACAGGUUAUAGUAAACUUGAUUUCAUGAGGAACAUGUUCUUAAAAGAUUACCAGCUUAAUUAACCAGUUAAGUAAUGACUUCAUAUUUAACUGUUUGACUGAUAAUGAAAUUUCAAUGGUAUUUUUAUACUAUAUGUAACUUGUUAACACCAUGAUACUGUUAUAUCUAUAUAUUGUUAUAUCUCAAUAUUUACAAUAAACUAUUUUAUCCA